GGUGCUGCCACUCCUGCGCCGGGGUUAAAAAGCGGCGGGCGGCGGACCGGGGCCACAGUGUGGGGUGUAGUUGCAGAAGAGACACAGAAAAGUUAGUAGCGGAUUUUUCUGAUCUGCAGCAGCAUCCGUCGAGAGCAUCAUGGCAAACAAAUCACAGCAGGCUCCUCACCUGCACCUGGCCGAGGUCACCGCGUCCCAGUUCCUCGACAUUUGGAAACAUUUUGACGCAGACGGUAAUGGCUACAUUGAGGGGAAGGAGCUGGAGAACUUCUUCAGGGAGUUGGAGGUGGCCCGAAGAGGAGCUGGGGUAGACCCUUCAAACCCCACGUUCAGAGAAAACAUGAAGGAGUUCAUGCAGAAGUUUGACAAGAACAAAGAUGGACGAAUUGAGAUGUCAGAGCUGGCCCAGAUUCUCCCCACCGAAGAGAACUUCUUGCUCUGCUUCAGACAGUUUGUCAGCUCCAGUGCUGAGUUUAUGGCGGCAUGGCGGCAGUAUGACACAGAUCGCAGUGGCUACAUUGAUGCAAAUGAAUUGAAGGGCUUUCUGUCAGACCUGCUCAAGAAGGCUAACAGACACUACGAUGACCAGAAGCUUCAGGAGUACACGCAGACCAUUCUCAGGAUGUUUGAUCUGAAUGGAGAUGGGAAGCUGGGUCUGUCAGAGAUGGCAAGGCUUCUUCCUGCUCAGGAAAAUUUCUUACUCAUCUUCCAGGGUGUCAAGUUGGAUGCUGAGCAAUUCAAUGCCAUCUUCACAUACUAUGAUAAGGAUGGGAAUGGCUACAUUGAUGAGCAGGAGUUGGACGCAUUGCUACGAGACCUAUACCAGAAAAAGAAGAUGGAUGUGGACGCCAAGAACCUCAAAGGCUACAAGCAGAGCAUCAUGAGCCUGUCUGACGGAGGCAAACUGUACCGUGGCGAGCUGGAAAUUGUCCUCUGCAGGGAGCCAAUUGUGUGACUCUUCCUUCCUCUCUUGUUGUAUAUCAUAAUUUUCUCUGCCUGCCCCGCUUUGCUCUCCCGCGACCACACCCACUUCCAGCUGCCUGGCAACAUAUACCAGGUGCAUGAGCCAGACACCCCUGACCCUUAUCAUUUCCCCGACCCUUGAUAAAGUUACAAGUCCAGAAUGAAUGAAAAGUGCACUGUCAGCACGCAACAGCUCCUCGUCCUUACACCCUUAUUUUCUGCAGUCAGACCUUUCAACCCUAAACAUGACCUGUUUGAAUCCUCUGGCUUUUCAUCUUUGUAACAUUACCCGUGUCUUUAACCAUUUCUGACCUCAUCCCUGUCCAUGCCGCCCAUGCUGUGCCUGACUUGUAUAUCCUGUAAAGCCCAAACCCAUGACUCCACAGAAAUUACCUUUUUACCUGUUGAAAACCCCCAAACCUUUACCCAGCUUCAUCGACCCCUUCAUCCCCUUGCUCUAUCAACUUUGCAUUAGAUACAAUAUAUAGUCGAAGAAAACUGCAGACAACUGUGUUUGAAUUGAUUUUAUUUAUAGUCUGUGAUGGAACUGUUACAGAUUUUUCCACCUUUAUCUGACCUGAACCUCUUCUGUUACAUUUCCAUACUAUGGUUUUCAUUUUUAAUAUUUGUUUUGGGCUGAUACUGUCAAUUGAAAAUAUUAAUAAAAUGUCUUAAGAUAAAA